CAUGCUGUCAUCCAAGUCCUUAUCCGUGAUAAGUCAUUUCCACAUCUCCGAAUAUCUCUGAGCAGGCUCUGGUAUUUCUUAUCAAUUGUAGAUUUCAUUGCGCGUCAUAGAAGCAUAAAGGUACCAUUGCCCAGGAGCCCACGCAUCGCAGCGUUCUUCUAAUCGCGACCAUCAGAUCCCCUAUCUAGUAAUCCACCGUCAUGGCCCCAACCACUCUGGAACACGCCUUCUCCAAGGACUCGACUUCGACCGCUGUCAUCGUGCCCGGUAGCCCUGCCCUGACCGUCUCGUACAAAAAACUUGCCGCGGAUGUCAAGGCUUUCCAACAACAGCUGGCAAAGGUCGGCGUUUCUGCCGAGGCCGCUGUGUCCAUCGCGCUGCCAAACACGUACGAGUUCAUCGUGUCUUUCAUCGCUGCCUCGUGGCAGAGGGCUAUCGCAGCGCCCCUCAACCCAGCGUACAAACAGUCUGAAUUCGAAUUCUAUAUCGACGACCUGAGCUCAGCAAUUGCCUUGGUACCAAAGGGUGCGUUUGCGCAAGAUGCGGCAGCUGUCCGCGCAGCACGGAAGUACAAUGCCGCCAUCGCAGAAUGCUACUACAAUGGCCGCGAGGUCGUCCUGGACGUCAAAGAGGCUGGAAAGCUUGCGGGCAAAACCGCGCCCGUCCAGUCUGCGCAGCCAGACGAUGUUGCUCUCGUGCUGCACACGAGUGGCACCACUGGACGCCCCAAGGCUGUGCCUCUGACGCACCGCAACUUGUUACGGACGAUGAAGAACAUUCAAGCAACCUACGAGCUGACGCUCAAGGAUCGUACCAUGCUGGUUAUGCCUCUCUUCCACGUUCACGGCCUGCUUGCUGGCUUCCUCGCGCCACUGGCUUCAGGAGGCUCAGUCAUUGUGCCGCCCAAGUUCUCUGCCUCGGACUUCUGGAAAGACUUCAAUGAGCACAAGGCAAACUGGUACACGGCUGUUCCGACGAUUCAUCAGAUCUUGCUCAAGAGUCCUCUUCCAAGCCCCAUGCCCAACAUCCGCUUCAUCCGAUCGUGCUCCAGUCCACUCUCGCCCAAAACGUUCCACGAACUCGAAAAGGCUUUCGGUGCUCCGGUGUUGGAGGCAUACGCCAUGACUGAGGCGGCCCAUCAGAUGACCAGUAAUCCCCUCCCCCCAAACCAGCGUAAGCCUGGCAGUGUGGGGCUCGGUCAGGGUGUCGAAGUCAAGAUCCUCGACGAAGCUGGUAAAGAGGUGCCGCAAGGGAAAGAAGCUGAGAUCUGCAUUCGUGGUGAAAACGUUACCAAGGGAUAUCUCAACAACCCAGCUGCUAAUGCCUCAUCCUUCACGCAGGAUGGCUUCUUCCGCACUGGAGACCAGGGCAAGCAAGAUGCUGAGGGAUAUGUUAUCAUUACCGGCCGCAUCAAGGAGCUCAUCAACAAGGGUGGUGAAAAGAUCAGCCCUAUUGAGCUUGACAACGUAAUUGCGCAGAAUCCCGCAGUAUCUGAAGCUGUCAGUUUCGCGAUUGAAGAUGAGAUGUACGGCCAAGACGUUGGUCUUGCGAUCGUGGUCAAAGAGGGCCAUGCCCUGACUGCGGGAGAGCUGAAGACGUGGCUGACGGAUCGCGUUGCUAAGUUCAAGCUGCCCAAAAAGAUUUUCUUCACCGAUAUCAUGCCGAAGACUGCAACAGGAAAGAUCCAGCGACGUCUUGUUGCCGAAGCUAUGCUCAAGCAAGAACAACCCAAACCUAAGCUGUAGUCGGGUCACCAGCUCGGUGACAGACGGCCCUGUACAAUACUUUGUCACCAUUUGGGGGCGAUCGGCAGAGUCUCGGACUAGAUGUACCAUACAUGUGCGACAGCCUGUCGUACGGAUAGAUUGCAUAGCGCAACGCCAAGUGUCUCCUACACCUCGUUAGCCUCCUACUGACUCACGUGAAAUUUGUAAUUUUUAUCAAAGCUACCUCCGACCAUGCGGGGGCUGGUCUACGUUUGACGGUGCCAAUCACAUUGCGAUUUCGUGUUCGCGAGGCUGACUGGCACUGGACUGCGCCUCUUCACGCUGCAGACCUUACGCAUAAAUUUUCGAAUCCAACAGCCUGAGAAACUUCGACAAACAAAUC